ACUGACAAACAUGGCCGCCAUGUCUCGAGGCACACGACCGGCCGCGAAGCCGCAGCUGCGCAUCGCGAAACGGGUGAAGGGCGGCACAAAGUCGAACAAAAACCACACCUUCGAAUCGUUCGCCCAGCGCAUCGCGAGACUCAAGAUCGAGCCCGUCCGCCGCGGACGCAGCACCAUAAUUGACGAUGCAGAGCUCGAUGCGACCUUUUCGUACUUUAAAGAUGCUCUCGUCGAGUGGAGAGACAUCAACCUCUCCGAGAUCUUCUCCAUAUUUGCCCGCCGAGUCGCCCCGCUGUGCGACAGCCUCCCACAGGUCCUCCACCACGACGAGCGCAUCUUCGAGCUGCUUAUUGAAAACAUUGAAAAGGGGGACAAGAACAGUGAGGAGCCGCUGCUGAAGCUCCUGGCAAAUUUUGCGCAUGAUCUCGGCGUGCGCUUUGAGAAACAUUUCGAGCGUGCAGUCCGGACGGUCGCCCACCUUGCCGCCACACAUGCCGAUGUUGAGGUGAUUGAGUGGGCGUUCACGUGUCUUGCCUGGUUAUUCAAAUACCUCUCGAGGCUUUUGGUUCCGGACCUGCGACCGGUGUUUGAUCUGAUGGUCCCGUUGCUGGGGAAGGCGCGCCAGAAGCUGUUCGUUAUGCGAUUCGCUGCAGAAUCGCUGAGCUUCUUGGUGCGCAAGGCUGGAGCUGCCUAUCACAGGGACCAAAUUCCUCUGAGGACCAUAAUGAAGCACGUCUCAGGGCUUCUGAAGGACGCGCAAGGCACUGCCUCGGACAUCGAUUUCCAACAAGGCCUCAUGACUCUUUUCGCAGAUUCCAUCAAAGGAGUCCAGCGUGGCCUACAUUCGAGCGGAGUCGCCACACUGAAAGAAAUGCUAUUGUGCACCUAUGACGGGGAAUAUGCGGAUUUGCAAAGUCCGCCUUUGGAAUUCGUGCUCAAGGGUGUGAUUACUUCCGUGAUUCACUUUACAGACGCGGAGCAUUUCCAACCCCUCUUGGAAGUUAUUAUCGAGACGAUGAAAACCAAGGUUGCAGAUAAACGCUAUGUCGGCCUAUCCUCCAGACUGCUUUUCGUCGUGUGCGGUGUUCGUCGAGGAUCACGAAUCGCCCAGUGGCAGUCUAUGCUCGAAACUAUCAACUUACUUGUUGAUGGCAUCGAUGAGUCCACGACGUUGGAAGCAGCACACACCCAAGAGCUCCUCUCAGCGCUUGCAGUCGUUUUUCAGUAUUGUCCGAUUGACGCAGCAAUUCCCCAUACUCAACUCUUGGAGAAGAUCAGCAAACAGCCGCUGGAAAAGUACUUUUUGUCCUUCUGUAACACAUUUGCAGGAUUAGGCGCCGAGCGGUUCAAUACUCUACUCCUAUCGUACUUCAAGAGGUUUGUCGUCCAAAAAUCCCAAGAAUAUGGAGAUCAGCUCGCUGUGAUCCUGCCUAGCUUGUACGAACACAACAUAGUGCCGAAAGACACCUUGCAAGCGCCAUCUGACUGGCAAAAUACUAUGAACAAGCGCUUGCAGCAACUUCCCACGUUGGAUUUCGACUCAGAAGGCUCUCAACGCGCCCUGUACGACUGCAACGCCUUCAUCGACGCUAUUGGAAGCUUUGUACUGUCUAGCGAACAGAAACAAACCAUCUCCAAAUAUCUUUACGACGCUUUGGCGAAAUCUCUGGAGAAUGGUGAUAAGUUGGCAAUGAAUACCAAAACAUUUGCCACUGGGAAUGGAUUCCAAUAUCUUGUGCGCGACGCCAGUCUCCAGCAGUCGUUGGUUCAACUCUGGCCUGCAUUAUGCAAAGCCGCAUCAACCAACGGGAACAGCACUCUGGCCUUCUGGAAUGGCUUGCUCGCUCUUGCUGAGCGAAACAAAGCAAGUCUUAACUUCUCUGGCGAUCACAUUGACUCUCUCAAGCAAGGCCUCCUGCGUUGUUUGGGAUCGCCUUCGCACGAAUUGCGCCUGGUGGCGUUAGGUCUGUUCGAGAUCCUAGCGUCUGAUACUGAAGAACGCCGCAACGCCAUCUCCACUGCGAGCAUCAUCGAACAGACACCUGUUAAUCUCGAAACCCAGCGAUCCAUUUCUAUGCGCAUUGGACAACUUGCCAAGCUCUAUCCAAAUGUCGCCGCUGAUGAAUACCUCGGAGAGGCUAUACCGACCUUCCUGUUCGGCCUACUUCACGUUAGACUUGCUUCGAUCUGGGACGAUGUUACUUCGGCGUUGAAAGCUAUCUGUGAAACAAAAGAAGGAGAAGCAUACUUUCUGCGCAUCGCUUUUGAGUGGAUAAGUCAGCCAACAGACCACGACGAGUCUGCUACCGGCCCGGCAGCAGCCCCUGCGCCUCCGCAAUUCGUCAGCUUAUUCGAAUGCACUAAUGUCAUGCAGCUCGAACACAUAAUCAACAGAUCGCAGGCCACCUUGGACGACGCUGAAGAGGAACUCCAGGUUCGGUUCAAUCGCGAUCACACAAGCGCCCAUUUUCUCAACGACUUCAGCAGAACGCAAGCCCUACGAGUUCUCAACGAGCUACCUGUCGUUGCUGAGAAACGCUCUCGUGUCCUCGUGCCUGUUCUGCUUGACUGGGCCUCGGCUCAGCGAGCGAUAGGCAUGCCGGAUGACGACCACACUGUCGGGGAAGAAUCGGAGCCAGAGUCUCGAUGGACCAGAAAAGACCAAAAGUCGAUGCUCACGCUGUUCUCAAAAUUCACCAACCCGAAGGUCCUGUACCGAGCAAGGGAUGUUUACCAGGCCUUAUUAGCUCUUCUGGGCAACGGCGAUGCCGAUGUUCAGAGAGCUGCCCUCAAAGCGCUUCUUACCUGGAAAGAGCCCGGCAUCGUCGAAUAUCAAGAGAAUUUGUUCAAUCUGCUUGAUGACUCGCGAUUCCGUGAUGAAGUCUCUGUAUUUUUGGACGCUGGAGCGGGCCAAAGUGCGAUCAAAGAGCAUCAGCGAGACGUGCUAUUCCCCGUUCUACUUCGUCUGUUGUAUGGCAAGGUUAUCAGCGGCAAGCGAGGACUCGAUGUCAAGCGAAAGGCAGUCUUCCAAGCAUUGACUCGAUUCGAAGAUGGUGCGAUUAGUCAAUUUCUUGAGAUAGCGCUCGGUCCACUGAGCGGCGUUCACAUACUUCGGGACCAGAUACUGGACGAGAGUGUUCUGCAAGCGGAUCUGCUAGCACCGCGAAGGCAGGUCGGUAUGAUUAACAUGAUUGAGGACAUGCUCAGCGCCCUCAAGACGACUAUUCGUCCAUUCGUUGCCUCCCUAGCCGAUCCGGUCCUGUACUGCCUCAUCAAUGCAUCUCGAGCUAUCGCAAAGUCCACCGCUGCGCCAGAAUCAGAACCGGCUGAUAGCCAAACGUCUAUUUUCAGAGCUAUUCGUCAACGCGCCCUCCACGUUUUGAACACAUUGUUCGAAAGCUAUCCAGGCUACGAAUGGGCACCGUACGCGUCAGUAAUAGUGGGAGAGCUCGUCACUCCGAGAAUCCAACAACUUCCCAUCGAGACGGCUCAAUCAGUUUCAGGUACCCUGCGCUUGUUUUCAGCUUGGUCGAAAUCUGCGACUACAGCUGGGUUCCUUGUCAACUUCAACCAGGACAUACUAACAAAAAUCACCGAGUGCCUCGAUGUGCCCUCGGCAAAGGACGACGUUAAGCGCUUUGUGAUGGACAGCAUUCUGCGUGAGCUCAUUUCCUUGGUGGCAAGCAGUGAGCAAGAAUCCACGGAAGCCAAGAUCAGGCGGAACAGCAUACAGUCCAACAUACUCCAGCCAUACGCAAGCACUAUAUUGCAACACGUUGAUUCCCUGCUUCGAAAGAGCCCCAGCAAAGAGGUGCUUGAAUCCGGAGUUCACACGGUUGCUGAGCUUGCACCCUAUGUUGUUGGCUCAGCCGAAUCUCGCAGCAUGCUCGAGAUCUCCAGCUUCUUGCUCAGGCAGCCAUCUCAACGGGUCAACGCAGCGACCAAGCUCGGGUUGCUGAAGAUUCUGCACGAGUUCAUUCCGCGCUGCCAAAAUAUCGACAUCACAGAGCUCUUUGAUACCAUAUUCGAGGGAGUCAGCCCGCUUUUCUCGUACAUGAAGGAUAGGAACGCGCGGGUCUUGCUUUGCGGCAUUCUCGAAGACCUCUCAGCCUACAGGGACGACCUGUCAGUUCUGGCGAAGCUCUGUCACGGUCUGAACUCGUAUUCUGUGUCGCGCUUAGACGAGCCUGACUUUGAACGCCGGUCUGCUGCUUUCGGCGAGAUCACUAGCGAUAUCCGCUACAGCCUUCUGCAAUGGAAGCCCCUGGUUCACAGCAUGUUGUACUUUAUCAAGGACAAUGACGAGCUGAGCAUUCGCGUUAAUGCAUCCCUCGCGCUUCGGCAUUUCGUCAAGACGACUCCCCAAGACCAAGAUACGAAGGACUUCGUCUCCGCAGCGCUUCUCCCUGGCAUUCGUUUUGGAGUGCGUGAGCCAUCGGAACUUGUCCGCGUAGAGUUUCUGGCUGUGCUCGCCCAACUAGUCGAGACCUAUAAAGACUGGGCGCCAGUUACUGACCUCCACAUAUUAGUGUCUGAGGAUGACGAAGCGUCCUUCUACAGCAACGUCCUGCACAUCCAAAGCCACCGACGCCUGCGCGCAUUACGUCGACUGGCAUCCAACGCUCCACAUCUACAGAGUGGGAACAUCUACCACAUUCUCAUUCCCCUCCUGGAGCACUUUGUGUUCAACAAGGCCGAAGAUGAUAACGCAAGUGCCUUGUCUGGUGAAACAGUCAAGACAAUUACCACUCUGUGCCUGGGUCUGGAAUGGCCGCAAUUCCGUUCGUUGCUCAGACGAUACACCGGCUAUCUUUCGAGCAAAGAAGACAUGCAAAAGACCGUCAUCAAGCUCAUUAGUGGUCUCUUGGACAGAUUGCACCAAUCAGCGCGUACAAAAGGCUAUGUUGCCUCAACAUCACCAGAAGCGCAGGCCCAAACUCAAUCUGCCGAUAGUACCGAUGAGGUCAACGAGGCCGAUGCCAUGGAAAUCGACGAACAGCCAUCGGUACUUUCAAAGACUCUGCCGCAGCAGGAAAAGCUAACGAAAGACAUUAUCGACAAUAUUCUCCCGGCCCUUUCUGAGUUUCUCCGCAAGAAAGAUGAAAGCACUGUUAGCCUGCGAGUCCCAGUAGCUAUAGCAGUGUGCAAGGCACUUCUGGUUCUACCUCCCCUCGAGAUUGAGGCAAGGUUGCCGGCCGUUCUGCUCGACAUCAGCUACAUCUUGAAAUCGCGCUCCCAAGACUCUCGCGACAUGGCUCGAAAUACCUUAGCAGAGAUCGCCACUUUCACGGGUUCAACUUACUUUGGCUUCAUCCUCCGUGCCCUUCGAAUCGCGCUUUCGCGGGGCUACCAGCUCCACGUCUUGUCCUUUACGCUCCACAAGUUGCUUGUGGAGCUCGCUGAACAGCUCAAACCUGGAGAUCUAGACUACUGUGUUACGGACAUCAUGGAUGUGAUCAUGGACGAUAUCUUCGGCGUUACUGGCCAAGAGAAGGACGCAGAAGAAUAUAUCAGCAAGAUGAAAGAGGUGAAGAGCAGCAAGAGCUUUGACACGAUGGACAUUAUCGCGCGGUCGACGUCUCCUUCCAAUCUAUAUGCCCUCGUCUCGCCCAUCAAGUCUUUGCUGCAGGAGAAGCUGAACGCUCGAAUGGUACAAAAGAUCGAUGAGCUACUGCGCCGCAUAGGGCUUGGUGUGCUCCAGAAUCCCACAGUAAAUGAUCGCGAUAUUCUGGUGUUCGGCUACGAGCUCAUUCAGGAAGUAUACAAGUCGAACAACAGCACCGAAAAGGCCGAAUUCGUGGAACCAAGGAACAAGAAAUUUCUCAUCAACAUGAAGGGCGCUGCGAAGUCAGGUGCUCGUCAGUCCACGGCGCUCUACAACUACAAGUUGAUCCGAUUCAGCUUGGACAUUCUGCGAACGGUCCUCCGCAAGCACGAAGAGCUGCAAACACCACAGAACUUGACCGGGUUCCUUCCAGUGAUCGGCGACGCCUUGAUCGCAAACCAGGAAGAACUACAGACGUCUGCCAUCCGCUUGCUGUCCACCAUCAUCAAAGUCCCAAUGAAGGAGCUGGAUGAGAACUGUCCUGUCUAUGUGACAGAGUCCGUCCGUCUGAUCAAGGGAGCAACAUCCUCAAACUCCGAAAUCGCACAGGCGUCGUUGAAGCUGAUUACCAGCGUGCUCCGGGAAAGGCCAAAUGUCCAGAUAAGAGAGCAAGAUCUGGCGCACCUUUUGAAGCGCAUCCUUCCGGAUAUCGACGAACCAGAUCGUCAGGGCGUCACCUUUGGCUUUCUCAAGGCAGUGAUGACGAGGAAGAUUGUGAUUACCGAGGUCUACGAGUUGAUGGAUAAGGUUGCUGCGAUGAUGAUCACAAACCAGACGCAGUCUGCCCGUCAGAUAGCUCGGUCUACCUACUUCCACUUCCUAAUGGAGUACCCCCAGGCGAAGAACCGUUUCAAAAAGCAGCUGGAAUUCCUCCUCAAGAAUCUGCGGUACGACUACGUUGAGGGAAGGCAGUCUGUCAUGGAAGCCGUGAGCCUGAUUCUCAACAAAGUCGGUGAAAAGGUGCUCGAGGACAACCUCGGGAUGAUGUUCAUUCCGUUGGUCCAUUCUAUGGCCAACGACGAUUCGGCCGACUGCCGCACUAUGGCAGGCGCCCUGGUCAAGACCAUCUUCGAGCGCGCCAACUCGCAGCAACUGAAGAGCUUUACAGCUGAUCUCAAGGAGUGGCUCAUCCAGGAUGAAGAUGCGGGCCUCAAGCGUCUCGGUAUCCAGUGCUGGGGUCUGUAUCUCGAAGUCGCCGAUGCCAAACCCAAAGAGCUCGAAUUCGUCAUGGAGCAGCUCCGGGCGACUCUUGACGUCUGCUUGGAGCGACGGGACGAAGAAGAUUGGGAGUUGAUCUACUACUCUCUCACAGUAUUCUCGAAGCUCACCAAGCCUUGGCCCGACUACACGCUGUCUUCGGAGAGUAUGUGGCGUUCGAUCCGCGCAUGUGUUUCGUAUCCCCAUGCUUGGGUCAAACUCACAGCAGCGAAGCUCGUUGGCACGUUCUUCGCGGACGUUUCCACGGCAAACAGCGAGUCAGGCCUCGACAGCGUGCCACUCAAAGGAUCCCGCGGGCUAGAGCUGACCGAAGAGAUGGGCAUCAAACUCACCCAUUUAUUCCUCAGACACCUCGAAAGCCUCAACACCAGCGAAGAGCUGUGCAUACAGAGCGUCCGCAACUUGGCCUUCCUAGCACGAUGGUUGGCGGCGAAUACAAACAUAGUGUGGAACUUCAAGAAGGUGGACGACGAGGAAGAUGUAGAGGACGGCACGCUGGUCCAAGGCGCAGAGGAAACGAACGGCGACGCAUCCGACUCUGAAUUCGGUGGCUUCUCCCCUCGACCAAAUUCGACCAAGACAAAGACGGCGCUCCCGACCGCCAUCCACCGCCUCGUCACCCGCCUCUCGGGCAUCCUCCGCCGCGAAACCAAAAUCAUGAAGCUCUCGUCCCUCUAUCCCAAAUCAGCAACCGCGACCCUCGUCGAGACGUUGAUGUCAAAGUUGCCGGUGCCCUCGCUCACCUCUUCCCUCCCGCACCUCCUGACCACUCUCUCCACCCUAAGCGACCCGGCAACCACGAUCCCGCGGUCCACCGAGCCCGCGUUCAACGAGACGUAUCGGGCCAUCGUGGACAAGAGCAGCGAGACGAUGAAUGUGCUGCAGAAGCGGAUGGGGACGCACGAGUACCUCAAGGUGAUGGGCGAGGUGCAGAAGGGGGUGAAGAAUCGAAGGGAGGAGAGGCGGCAGAAGAGGAAGAUUGCGGCCGUCGCGGAGCCAGAAAAGUUCGGCAAGGAGAAGAAGCGCAGGAACGAGGUGAAGAAGGUCAAGCGGAAGGAGAAGGGCGCCGAGUACCAGGGGAAGAGGAGGGGGUGGUAAGCCUCUGAAGUGAGUUGGAGGAGGAGGCGGUGAAUUUCUUAUUGGUCACGAUGCAUUGCAAAUGGCGUUUCUGAGGACAAGGAAAAGCAGCAUGUUCAG